ACGGCUCACAAGUCCGUCGCAAAUGAAACACCCGCCAUAUUCCUACCAGUUGCGCUUUCGCUUUGGAAAUAAACAUCCACUCCUGGUCCUCCUAAAUUCAUCUUCGUGGAUAGAGAGUGAGUGAUCAAAAUGCAGGCAUAUCCUCAAGGCCAACAACCGGUGCUUAACCAGCCAACUGUGACGGUACAGCCAGCAGCACAGACAGUCAUUCAGGUGACUCAAGUGAUUGGCAAUCCCAUGAUGCCUCGCGGGCCAGCACGUGACUGGACUACGGAGUUGUUCGCAUGCUGUGACGAUAUGACCAUUUGUCUGUGUGCGAUAUGUGUGCCCAGUUAUCCUUGCAUGCUGGCCGCGGAUAUGGAUGAGUCCUGUUGCGUGCCUAUGUGCAUCCCGUCCGCUCUCAUCUCCAUGCGUGCAGUUGUACGUUCACGCCACAACAUCAAUGGCAACCUGAUGAACGACUGUGUUUGCAUGACCUUCUGUGGCUAUUGCGCCACCUGCCAGCUGGCACGCGAAGUGCAGAUGGUCAAGAAUGGACGCGCUAUCCCAUAAACGUCUAUUGUGACGUCACGAUCGCUUCACGAGGCUACGAAAGAGACGCGAGGAAAGGGGGUGGGGGGAGGGUGAUAGCAUCUUGUGGAAUUCCAAAUUGAUUUAAUGCCAUUCACUUCACGUUCUUUCACUUUUUUAAUAAUUGUGCCUUUUAUUUUCCACAAGUCUCGUAAGUAUUCACAUGUUGGUUCCAUCGACAAAGAUGUCAACUGACCCCUUUGUAGACAUUUUAUCAUUUUUAAAUCGCGGGUUUUAAUGCCCCUUUCUAUCAUAAUUGUACUAUUCUUGUGUCUAUUGGAAGUUCAGAAUACUCUGACUUAUACUCCUAAAGCCCUCUUUUCUUAUGGGGGGUAUCCUAUCUAAAAGGGUAAAGGCAUGGCACAGUAAUUGUUGUAUAAAGAUGAAAUUCCGGGGGGAACACUACUGGAAGUUUAUUCCUAUACCGCACCGUAAUGUGUUUCAGAGUGUGUGUUUGUGGUGGGGUUUUGUGUAUAAAGGGGAUAUGUGUUAUUUCCUUAUGGAGUUGACUUCCAGAUGGCUGAUUCUUUUCAGCUUGAUAUAAACUCAUUCAGUGAUCGUGGUUAAUACACUUUUGCACUAUUCGCGGUGCACCAUGAGAUUUUGUCUAAAAAACAUGCAAACGGUGAUUAUCCUUUGUAAUUCGCAGACCGUACCAACUCGUUACCAAUUUGGUAUAAUAACUGAAAUUUGGGGAUCUUUUAUUACUUAUCCAACCAUGGAUUAUGUCAAUGUUCAAUGCCGAACUUUCCGCCAGAGAAGAAGGUACAAAGUUCAGUUGUCUAUAUGGUCUGUGCUUUACUGAAAUGGUUUGGGGGAAAUGUUUACAAAAAAUUAUAAAUUAUGUUAAUGGUUUGACAAUUUUUUUUUUUUUUUGGGGGGGGGAGGUCCACUUCAGAAAUAUAUUAUAUAUAUACAUAUAUUUGUACAUUUAUACGGAAGGUUGUAUUAGCAGAGUUGUAGCAUCGACUAUGUCCAUUUAUGUACUAAUACCAAAUGGCAUAAGAUUACAGAAGAAAUAAGUUGGCAACUGUUGGAACAUAAUAUGUCUACUAGUUAUUGAAAAGAUAAGUUUGGUUACACUGAAAGAAAUAUUUGAUUAAAGGAUAUAUUUAGUAAUAAUUGGGAGGCUUAAAAUUACCACUUAUGUAAAUAAUGCCUAGGGACAUAAGAUUAUAAAUAAGUAGCACAAUUCAAAAAAAAUUGCCUAAAUCUUACUUAAAUGUUGGCAACUGAUUGGUUUGGUAACAUUGACACAUUGGAUUUUUCUUUCAUAAUUCCUAUAGAACUUCAAUAUUAUUAUGUAGCUUAAUUAAAUGUUACCAAAAUGCUGCGUUUGCGUUAAUUUUUACAUGUAUCAUGACAGAUUAGAUAUCGAUUGGAUAUCGAUUAUGUAUCGCUUUAUCUCUUUAUUUGAAGUGAUUAUAGUCGGGUUCUUAUAAUCAGUUGUAUCUAGUGUUUUGUGAGUUUCCAGGUUUUUAUAGUAUAUCGCUCGUAAUCAAAAUCCAAGUUUGAUGUAGUAUAUCGAGAGACAGCUAAAGCAUUUUAAAAGUUUGCAACCCUUCUUUCUGUUUAUUGAUUUUUAUAUAGCUCUUUCUAGAAAGAGAAUUCUUAGUUUUGGGGGUAAAACAAGGGACAUGAAAUUUCGGAGAAAGGUGGUAAAAACUAAUAUUGAAGAACAGAAUAUCACUGCAAGGCUGUCAGACCAGGAGGCCGAUUUUUAACAAUUCAAUUGGGCAAGUGUAGUUUAGACUGUUCUUUUAUUUGAAAAAGUCCCCCAAUAUUGGUGAUACUGAAUUGUAAUUAGAACAACAUUUUCUUGUGUCAUGUAUGAGUGGAUAUAAAACUGAAAUUUAUUUCUAUUUUAAUAUACAACGCUGAAACUAAGAGGCUUUUUAUUUAGAAUUUAAUAAAAUGCUAAUAAUUUAGCAAGCAUA